GCCCCUGAACCGCCUCCAAAUACCCAGGCGGCCGCGCAGUCGCCUCUAGUCGCCCGCAGUCUCCCUACGAACUUCUCAGAAGAAAGCAGGCGACGGAAGGUGCCCGGCCGCGCGGGCUGUCACAGGACAAUGGGGCCGGGGCGCUUACUGCUCGUCGCCGCCGGCCUCAGCCUGUGCAGUCCCUUGCUGUCUUCCCGCGUCCCCAAGCGCCAGCCAGAAUCCGAGACGGCAGAUGCAACUUUGAACCCCCGCUCCUUUUUCCUCAGGAAUCCCAAUGAAAACAUAUUUGAACAGUUCCCCAUGGGGGACGAGGAAGAGCAAAAUGAAAGUGCAUCUCCCGAGGGCAGGGCAGUCUACUUAAAUAGAAGCCGGUCUCCCCCUCCCACGCCACCGGCUCCCUUCAUCUCGGAAGAUGCCUUGGGAUACCUGACCGGCCCCUGGCUGACACUUUUCAUCCCCUCCGUGUACACCUUUGUGUUCAUAGUCAGCCUUCCUCUGAACAUGCUGGCCAUCGCAGUGUUUGUCUUGAAGAUGAAAGUCAAGAAGCCGGCCGUGGUGUACAUGCUGCACCUGGCCGCGGCCGAUGUGCUGUUUGUGUCCUUACUCCCCUUCAAGAUCAGCUACUAUUUUUCCGGCAGCGACUGGCAAUUCGGGUCUGGGAUGUGCCGCUUCGCCACCGCGGCCUUUUAUUGUAACAUGUACGCGUCCGUCAUGCUCAUGACCGUGAUAAGCAUCGACCGCUUCCUGGCCGUGGUGUACCCGAUCCAGUCCCUGUCGUGGCGCACCCUGGGCCGAGCCAACUUCACGUGCGCGGUCAUUUGGGUGAUGGCCAUCGUCGGGGUGGUGCCCCUUCUCCUUAAGGAGCAGACCACCCAGGUGCCGGGGCUCAACGUCACCACGUGCCACGAUGUCCUCAACGAGACCCUGCUGCAUGGCUUUUACUCCUCCUACUUCUCGGCCUUCUCCGCCGUCUUCUUCCUCUUGCCGUUGAUUAUUUCCACGGUCUGCUACACGUCCAUCAUCCGCUGUCUCAGCGCCUCCUCGGUUGCCAACCGGAGCAAGAAGUCCCGGGCUUUGUUCCUGUCGGCCGCCGUGUUCUGUAUCUUCAUCGUGUGCUUUGGACCCACCAACCUCCUCCUGAUCCUGCACUACCUGCUGCUCUCCGACAGCCCUGCCACCGAGGCGGCCUACUUCGCUUACCUCCUCUGCGUCUGUGUGAGCAGCAUCAGCUGUUGCAUCGACCCUUUGAUUUACUACUACGCCUCCUCCGAGUGCCAGAGGCACCUCUACAGCAUCUUGUGCUGCAAAGAGAGCUCCGAUCCCAACAGUUACAACAGCACCGGCCAGCUGAUGCCCAGUAAAAUGGAUACCUGCUCCGCUCACCUGAAUAACAGCAUAUACAAAAAGCUACUGGCUUAGGGAAAGGAUUGCUGGAAGGCUACCCAAAAAGAGGCUGGAGAAGUGGACAGUCCAGGGGAUGGAUCCCUUGGCAUGAACUGCAUUUACGUCACCACCUCAAACUACCAGUGUCUGAUUUGCAUGCAUACUUCUUACAAGUGCUAUCAAGCAUUAUAAUUCCAAGGUGAUGGGGAACAGAGGUAAAGGUUGCCAAUGU